AUACUUCCUACGAAUGACGGAAGUUUACAUUCCUAAGCGCGACUAAUUAACAUUCUUAAAACGAAACUAAGACACGUACGUACGCGGGAAUACAACCCGGAGUAGUUUCCUCACGCUAACGCGCUCGGCGAGACAGAUGGAGUGAAGUCCUCUGAGCGGAUAUCCUUCCGAGCCAUUGUUGUGAAGGUCUGGCCUAAGAGACUGGAUAUCAAAGAUGCUGAUCCACAGUGGACUAAUCUUUUACAAAAGACACAGGUCUAUGAGCAAAAAUGAUCUUAGCAAAAGAAAGAUUUUGCAGAUUCUUGUUGUCUGUGCAUAUGUCCUAACACAAGUAUACCUAAAGCAAAUUCCGGAAAACAAUUGUUUAUUCCUAUGGCAAGAAUUUAAGAAUGAGUUUGGUAUUAAACUUUUGCUCCUGGAUGCUCAGUUUGAAAAGAAUCGAAAUGACUGGAACAAGAAAACUGACAAGUAUUCCUGGACAUGCCAUUUUGUUGCUGCAAUUAUUGUUGAAAUGCUACUGAUCAUGUCAGGGGAUGUAGAGUUGAAUCCAGGACCACUUCAAGGUGAUUUGGUAUUGGAGGAUCUGCAAGAAGUCUUUGAUAUUGUUCAUGAUGUCCAAAGCAAGUGGUACAGCAUCGGUGUUGAGCUGCGAAUAGAAACAAGUGUUCUCGAUGCAAUCAAGGUUGAGUUCAAUGGCGUUCCAGAGGAGUGCCUUUUCCAGAUGCUAAGACACUGGUUGAAGCAGUUACCAUUGCCAACAAUGAGGGAGAUGAUACAGGCUCUUGGCAGUGAGCCUAUUGGGGAGAAACAUCUGUCCCUUUCCCUUAGACGAAAGGUGUAUGGAGAGCAAUACCCCACAAAAGGAAGACUGACAAUAACUGACUUGGCUGAUGUCCGCAGUGUGCUGUUUUCAAUCAGGCACAGGUGGUAUAUGUUAGGCAGCUUUCUCAAAAUCAGUAGCGGAACCCUCGACAGUAUAAAGUCUCAGUGUAAGAAUGAUCCCAGUGAUUGUCUUCUGGAGAUGAUUAAGACUUGGCUCAGCCAAAAUGAGCCUCUUCCAACGUGGGAGAAUCUAGUUCAUGUGUUGAGCAGUGCAAGUAUUUGUGAGUCAGAAUUAGCGGCAAAGAUAUGUACCAAAUAUUGUUCUGAGGUGCUCAAACAACUUUCUCCUGUUGAAACCAACUACCCAAGUGCUGCUGACAUCAUUACCAGGUAUUCCUCAUACCUUAAGCAAAUGUAUCGUCGCUUCCGACUCCCUCUAGACAGUCAGUGGCCCCCAGUGCGAUCUGAAAGCUUUGUUCCCAUAUCUCUGAGUGUUAUAAGGGGUGAUGGCCCUAAGGAAUAUCUAAAGUUGGGUGAUAUUUUUAGUGGGAACGAGCAACGCCCAGUUAGCACUGUCCUUAUUGAGGGUGCACCGGGUAUAGGGAAGACGGCCACGUCUUUGACAAUUUGUAAAGACUGGACAUCAGGUGAGCAUUUCAAGACUUUUGACAUCCUUCUGUUUUGGUCAAUGAAAGAUCCAACCCUGCACAGCUUGAAAGGUCUCGAUGACCUUUUUUUCCACGACAGUGAAGAUGUUUCGCAUUCAGUAGCAAGUGCAGUAAGGAGAGAGAGUGGGAAGGGUGUUCUCUUUGUUUUCGACGGUUGGGACGAGCUUCCGCCUAAGGUUUCUCACGAUAGAAAUUUCUGUCUUUUUGAUGUUAUCAAGGGCAAAAGGUUCCCGUUUGCUUCAGUUGUCAUUACAUCCAGACCAAUAGAGUCUCAACACUUGCUUCAAACCAGCAUGUUUGAUCGGCACGUAGAAAUAUGUGGCUUUUCCUCUGAGGGCAUAGUCCAGUAUAUAGAGCGCUGCUUUGUGUGCACCCCAGACAAGGCAGCCAAGCUAGUGAACUCAGUCACAGAACGACCUGAUAUCGAGUCCAUAUGCUAUGUUCCGAUGAACUGUGCGAUUGUCUCGUAUGUCUACUCACAACUGAAUAAGCUCCCCACAACGUUUACUCAGUUUUAUUCGUAUCUAACACUGAACGGGCUUCUGAGAAAUAUUCAGUUGCGUGGAAGCGACGAAGAAAUGCAAAUAACACAGCUCCAAGGCAUAAAUGAUCUUCCAUUUAAUGUAAGAAGGUUAUACAUGGCUCUGUGCGAACUUGCUUUCAGGGGCCUGAUAUCCGGUAUUCAUUCUUUUCCUCGGGACAAAAUUGUCGCCGUGUGUCAGUCGACUCCAAAAAUCAUCGCUAAUGUUGAUAAUCUUGGAAUUCUUCAGGCGGUAAAUGUUUUUCAUGUGACAGGAGUGGAUUCCUCUUUUCACUUCCUGCAUUCUACAGUGCAAGAGUUUAUGGCAGCUAGGUAUCUAGCAAGUCUUGGCAAGAAAGAACAAACGUAUUAUGUCAGGAACUAUCUCGACUACAUGUCAUUCGAAAUGGUUUGGCAGUUCUAUUGUGGGAUCUCAGCUGAAGAAAAGUCUCUCUUUGAUUCCGAAAUCAUUAAAACCUUUCAAAGAAGAAUGAAGGAGCUUAGCUGGUUAGAUGAAGAAGAAACUGCAUUUGAAAAUUCAGCUAGUAGUAAGCAUUGUGUCGAGGAACUUGUCUUAAAGCCUUCAGACACUGAAUCUGCACGACCAGAAAUCUCUGAUGAAGAGAGGGUAGUUCAUGGAAAGCCUCCACUGCCACCAUCUCUCUCCUUAAUGCCACCCUCUACUGCCCUCGAUAGUGCUCCAUCCACUACAUUGUCAAUUUCUUCAUCUGUAUCAACAAGUAUCGGCGACGUUGUAGGUAGUACUGGGCCUCAGGAUUUAGGCUCUCUUUCGGGCAUUUCACGUACAUUGACAGGUGUUACUGCAGAGUUAGCAUAUGUUGUACCGUCCGAAAACGUUGACACUAGGCGCUUGUUAGUAAUUUUGAAGUGCAUUUAUGAAAGUCAGGAGCCGACUUUAUGUCAACGCAUAGCAAGGUCGUGCCAGAACCAGCUUAAUUUUCAUAUUUCACUAAGUGCAGUGGACACUAAUGCCAUAGGGUAUUUAAUAGGGAAAGGUAGCCAACAGUGGAAAGUGUCGUUUGUUGGCUGUGGAUUGGGUGUGAACGAAAUGAAAACCUUAAAGCAUCAGAUUACUUUCCAUGGAAAAAUUGGAAGAAUCCAAGCACUGACUCUCUCUGACAAUCCAUUGGAUGUUACUGCGAUUCAGCAGUUUAUGGAUAUGCGCCAAGCUUUCAAAAACCUGCAGUUGCUGUCUCUUAAAUCCACCCAGCUGAAUGAUGAGAGUAUCAAACUCUUAUCACCCUCUCUACAAAGUUUUCAUUCUCUGAAGUCUUUAAACCUUGCUGACAAUGAGAUAUCUAGUGAAGGAAUGGCGGCAUUAUCAACAGCCUUGUUCAAAUGUGCUAAUCUUAGUGAAUUGAAUCUCUCUAACAAUAUCUUAUCAGAGGUAGCAAUGAAGCAUCUAGCUUUUGUUAUUUCAUCUGGUUGUGAGUUUUCAGAGCUGGUUCUGCGGGGAAAUUCAAUAGGAGAUGAGGGAGUGAGAACACUACUCUCUUGCAUGGUCGAAGGCUACCCACUGAAACACCUAGAUUUGAGCAACAACGACAUAACAUCCGAGGGAGCUGCAUUAGUUGCUUCUGCUCUCUGCAGUUUGCUGGUUCAUAUUGAGACGUUAGCCUUAGACAGCAACUCAAUUGGUACUGAAGGGGCUCACCUUAUAUUUUCAGCUCUUCGGUGCAACUCGUCAAUUCAAAAGUUGGCAUUAAGUGCAUGUGACAUUCAUUUCAGUGUUGAACUGGUGGAUGCAAUGAAACAGUGCUUGCUGCAGGCUAAAGAUCUUUGGGAACUUGAGAUCGAAUGCAAUUUCCUUGGCGAUGAAGGAAUCUCAGCAAUUUGUGAUGUAGUCCAGAAUGAAUACUCCAGUAUCAAGCACCUCGGGAUUGCUAGCAAUGAGAUUAGUCCAGCAGUGUUGAUGCUCUUAGGACCAGUACUAAUAAAUUCUAAACUGGAACUACUCUCAAUUACAUCGAGUGAGUUGAGUACGGAUACAGAAGAUUUCGAAAUUUUUCUUCAGUUUAUGCAAAGUAGUAAAUGCCUGAGAAGCUUGCAUAUUUAUGAAGUUGGAGGAGAGAAAGAGAAGUUAGAAGUUGCUUUUGAAUAUUUAAAUACAAACAGAUUUCAACAAGGUCUGAAUGAUGUAUUUGUCAAAUACCAUAGUGAUUAAUCCAUAGGUGUUUUUAUUACUGUAAUUACAUUUGUGGUAUUAAUUUAUCAUUAUCUAGGUGUAGGUUACAAGAGGCAUUUUUCUAACAAAGUA